AUGGUGGACGCCGAGGCGGACCACGAGAACAAUUCUCUCCCCGUCAACACAUUCAAGCUCCUCCUCGCCGACAACACCGUCGUGUACAAGAACGCCGGCGACCUCAAGGUGGUCGACAGGAGCUACCUACGCCCCGACGACGUGGUCGGCUCCGUGUCCGACGAUAAUGGCCAGCUCGGUGUCAUCACCGGCGUCAACACCACGCUCGACCUGGCCAAGCGCGACACGGAGACGCAUGUCUUCACGGGCGUGUCCCCUUCUACCCUCCGUCGUGUAAGGAGCUUCAACCUUGGCGACUUCGUCGUGUCCGGGCCAUGGCUCGGCCAGGUCGUCGAGGUGUCCAUCGACGUGGAUGUGCUGUUUGAUGAUGGGGCGGUGUGCAGGGUAACCAACGCAGAAUCCAAGAAGCUAAAAGGAGUGGAUGGCACCGUCGCCCGCAGAAACACCAUGUAUCGUCAUCAAAUGAACAGUCUCCUCAACCCCGGGGAGCACGUGAGCGCACCAGACCCUUGUUCCCUCUUCAAGGCGGCACGCUGGCUCAACGGCUCCUGGAAUCCGAACCGUGAGAUAGGCAAAGUCAGCAAGGUGCAGACGUCUGGCGUCCUUGUCUACUGGAUUGCAUCCAUGCAUCAUGGCACGGACAAGGGGCUCAUCAAGGCAUCGGCCCCUUCCGCCUACCAGAAUCCAGACGAUCUUACUUUCUUCUGUGCCGCGUACGACUGUAGCUGGGGGGUAGCUGACCGAUGCUUUUUUCGCGAAGACAAUGUGACCGAUGAUGAAUGUGAAGCACCAACAGCUCAAGCAAAGGUGGAGAUUCCUAUUGAUGCUAGUGUGAAGAAUUACUUUUUUUUGCUGAUGGAACUGAAUUCAAAAAGCCCGUGGGCAUCAUCAAGAGCUUGCGUGUCAUGGUUCAACAAAGCUAGGGAGGUUGAGUGCGAUGAUAUUGUGACUGUGUACGCCCUGAAAAAAGACUGGUCUCGCCUAUCUGCUGACUAUGGAGAUAUUGUCAUUCGUCUCCUGCCGUCAGGAUCAACCACCGGUGAAAUCACACCAUUGCUAAAGGGCAAGAAGAAGAAGAGUGUGGUUGCAGCCGAUCUUUCAUGGGUGGGGCAUGUUGUUGACCUUCUCAAUGAUCGACACGUCCAAGUCAAGUGGGGCGAUGGUAGCAUGUCAACGGUAUUUCCCCAUGAGAUUGUUGUCGUCGAGGAGGAGCACUAUUUGGAUCUGUUGGAUGAAAUGCACAAUUGGGUAGUGGUUGACAACAUCGUUGAUGCACCUGAAGAACUGGAUACGCCUAACACGUGUCGUUAG